UUGGUCGUAAAGUUCAUACUUCAUUGCAUUUGUUUGCAGCAAGCAUCAGUCGGGUGUUUGACUUUAGAGACAGUCGGAGCGGUCGUGAACAGGCGGCAGAAACCUUUGGACACAUUGGUUGGGACUGAGCAUCCAGGAAAGGAUGACGGAAAAACGCUACGACCCCAAUGACAGCACCCUGAAGUUUGUACAGAGAAAGGACGAGAUCACAGGGGAUGAUGACCCAAAUGUUCUCAGAGUGGAGAUGUCCUGUGGACAUGCUGUGGACCCCACAUCACUGACCGGAUGGUGCCGUAGCCUGAUAGAUCGUGGUCAUUCCACAUUCCACUGCCCUGGUGAAAAGGAUGGAACAGAAAAAAAGUGCAACAAGGAAUGGCCCUAUGUGGAGGUUCGCAGGCAUGCGUUGCUGACUGACGAUGAACAGAAGUAUUUUGAAGAGAAGGUUGCCUUACUCGCUGCGGCAAAGUACUGUGAAUUCAGCACGUGCCCUGGAUGUCAGACUUGUGUCGAGCGAAAAGAUCUGACAAAUCUUUCAGUGAGAUGUUCCAUUUGUACAGCACAAAAUGGAAGAUGCUAUGAAUUUUGCUGGCAAUGUUCGAAGCAAUGGAAGGGCCGAGCACCCCGUUCUGAUCGAUGUGACAAUGAAGGAUGCACAAACAUUCAGCUGGACGCCCUUAAGAACUGUGACAUGAAAACUUUAUCCUACAGUAACAUCCAAUGCCCUAAAUUCCGUGCUUGUCCCACAUGUGGGAUUAUUAUAGAGCAUAAAGAAAUGUGCAAGUAUAUCCUGUGCUCCAGGUGUCAUGUGGAGUUUUGCUUUGCUUGCCUUAAGAGCAAAGCAGUUUGCGAAAUAUCAUCUAGCUAUUCUGCUAUUUGUGCUGUGGCCCCGAGGCAAACAAGUAUUCCCACGUGGACUCGCACUCCAAAUACAAGUAUUCUCGGGAUGAAUCACAUACUGAAUUUAUUCAGAUGA